UUUUUAUUCUCUGACGUAACGCCUGAUAGGUUAUUCAAAGAAUAAAUUAUUUACAGGAAAUUACAGGACCCAACUUAUUUUGACAUAUUAUGGCUGGAGAAGUAAUCGUUGAUGCUCUGCCCUAUAUCGAUCAAGGAUACGAUGAACCGGGAGUGCGAGAAGCGGCAUUGGCGAUGGUGGAAGAAGAAACACGCCGUUACAGACCAACGAAAAAUUAUCUGGAACAUCUACCACCUCUGUGUAUAACUGCCUUUGAAACAGAAGUACUUAAGCAUGAAUUCGAGAGGAUGCAGAAUCGCUUGCCAAUGGAAGUGCUUAGUAUGAAACGUUACGAAUUGCCACCACCUCCAUCUGGCAAGUUGAAUGAUUUAGCCGCAUGGAAUGAAAGUGUAGAAAACAGCAGUGCGCAAUUGGAGCAUCAGGCUACUAGAAUCUGUAAUUUGGAACUGAUGAUGGAUUAUGGCUGUGAAGCAUGGAAAUCUUAUUUAGAGGUAUUAGUUCAGUUGGUGAGUCAGGCUCAGAAGCAAUUACAAAUGUUAAGGAAAAAGAUUCAGGAGAUCAACUGGCAGAGGAAGUCAAUGCAGACUCAAGGAGGUGACAAAUUGAGGGCACUCGAGGCACAAUGGGUCGGUUUGGUGUCGAAAAAUUACGAGAUCGAACAGGCGUGUGUGCACCUAGAAGAGGAGAUGCAAAAAAUGAUGAUGAAUAAAGAAGCUGUGGAGAUCAAUGAUGUACCAGCAGAGGAGGGACCAGACAUACCGGAAAAUAGUGUCACAGAAACUAUGGCGUUGCAGAUGCAGCAGCAGGAGAAUCAGGACGUUUAAUGAAUUUUUGUGUGUAUAUAUAUAUAUAUAUAUAUAUAUUGAUAAGUAAAAAUAAGUAAUUUAUAUGAAACAACAAUUUUAUAGUAAGUAUUUGUGAACGCAUUCUGGGGGAUAUCUAUAAUAAAGCACAGUUUAUUUCAUUA